UGUUGCUUUCAUUUCUUGAUUUUCUUCUCUCAUAAUUUCCCUUUCGAGAUUCGUCGAAAAAAAAACAAACUCGUGACUGCAACAUCUUCCCUCAUAAGGCAGUCAUCAUUCAUUAGAUAAUAAGAAGAUUCGAUUCAAUUCAACAACAAAAGAGUGAGUGAGUGAGUGAAUAGUGAUGACAACGAGUACCCAAGCCUACGGUGAACCAUGGUACUGGGACAACCGCUACUCCAACGAACCUGGUCCCUUUGAUUGGUACCAAAAGUACCUCACUUUGGCUCCAAUCAUCAACCUUUAUGUUCCUCCUAGCCACCCUGUUCUCGUUGUUGGUUGUGGCAACUCAGCUUUCAGCGAAGGCAUGGUGGUUGAUGGCGGUUACACGGAUGUUGUCAACAUUGAUAUAUCUUCGGUUGUUAUUGAAGCUAUGAAAACCAAACACCAAGAUUGUCCCCAAUUGAAAUUUAUGAAAAUGGACGUCAGAGAUAUGAAUGAUUUUCAAUCAGGGUCUUUUGGUGCUGUUAUUGACAAAGGGACUCUUGACUCUAUCUUGUGUGGAAAUAAUUCAAGGCAGAAUGCUACCAAAAUGCUUGAGGAGAUUUGGAGGGUCCUCAAGGAUAAAGGAGUUUAUGUCCUGGUGACAUAUGGAGCUCCACUAUAUCGCCUGCGCUUGCUACAGGAAUCAUGCUCUUGGACAAUAAAACUUCAUGUGAUAGAGAAACUUGCCUCAGAAGAGAAAUCUGAUAAUCCAUUUUGGGAGCUGACAAAACCAGUUCCACUUAAUGAUGAUGGAAGCUCUGUGGAGGAAGCCCUAGGACAGAAUCCGGAUGUCCAUUAUAUAUAUAUUUGCACUAAGGAAAUUUCUGCUAACUCACACAAAUGCAUGACUGGGGCUGUUUAGAGAGGGAGGCAUGCAUUUUCACUCUCUACAAAUUUAUGUUACUGUAGUUGAUCCUGGAACUUUUAAUGUUAAUUCCUAAGUCAAAAACUUUUCUUUGCGACCAUACAAAUUAUGAUUUUCUCUGUGUGUGAUACUAAGACAGCAGCAUUUCUUUAAUUUCAAAUUUGAUUGAUUACAUUUCCAUGACUUUUCCGUUAACUGAACCAUUUGUAUGCAGUGUCAAAAUGUAUUUUUUCUUGUACCUUCCUCAUGAAUUUUCUAGAAACAACAGUUACCUUUUAUUUUA